UAUGUUUACUUCCUGAAAUAGCAACGAACAUAAAUUAUUUCAAAAUAACAACUUUUGAGUUGUUUCUCAUUGCAUAAACUCUGUACAAUGCAACCAUCAAUCAAGUUGGAGAGAUAGUUACCCACAGACAAAAUGGAUGGAGAUGAUAAGAAGUAUAGAGGUGUGGAUCAUAGCCAGUCUGACAGCGAUGGAGUACAUGAAACAAGCUUCAACACUGCAUCUGAGGGUGGAGCAAGUGAUCCUAGUGAUCGCAGCCUGAUGCAUCAUGAUGAUAAAGAUGCAGAAGAACCAAUCAGAUCUAGUCGUUCUAUGCCUGUACCAGAAUACCUCAGAGGGCGGCCACCAUUGGCACACACGGAAACCAUUGAUGAGGAAAAUGAGGCCCCACCUCCAUCCUAUGAUGAAGCGGUUACUGAUUAUAAAGAAACAUCUGGAGGAAAAAAUGCUGAAGAAGACACACUUACACCAGAUGAAAUAGCAGUGAUCAUGCGGUCUCAUGAAGACAUGAAUGCAGCCGGCCUUAACAAGGGUGGUGCAACUGCUAGUGGUGGAAAUGACCUGACCCCAGAACAGCAGGCCAUGUACGAUCAGAGAAAGAAGGACCGCAAUAGCUACCUCCCUUCCUCUGACAGACGGGACAGUUACGAAGAAGCCAUGGAAAUGAAAUCUAGAGCCAGCCUAAAGAUUCCAGCAUCAGAACAGAGAGCAGAAGCCCCUGCUGUAGAUACUACUGCUGACAUGGCUCCCAUGGAGAUGGAGGACGGUGGUCGAAGGGAAGAAUAUACGUGUUCUGGAUGGGGUCCACUGGACGAACCAAUGACACGUUUUUGUCGUUUUCUACGUAGACAGUCACUUCAGCGCCUUAUCCUGUUCUCACUGCUUAUAAUGGCUGGCAUUGGUCUACUUCUGUUUGUUGGUCUGUUCCCAGCCAGCUUUGUAUAUGUGGAUUAUCACCAGAUUGCCUUAAAGCAGAGUAAAAUGACGAAUGUUGUUGAUAGGGAAUCAGUGUAUUACCCAGGAUGCUACGUUCUUGGACCAGACACAAAACUCCUGUUCUUUACUGGUUCAGUACACAACAUCGUAGAGGAAAUGAGUGUAUUUACUGUUGACACCAUUACUGUUUCUAUACGAUACAGUGUUCAUUACUUUAUCAGGCCUCCUGAGGUUGGAAAGCUGUUUACAGUGUUUAUGUUUGACUACGAUGAUGUUUUCCGAAAGAUUAUCAGAAGCAGCAUGCGCAAUUUGGCAGGAUCCACAUUGACAGUGGAUAAUUUCAGAUUCAACAGGACAUAUGUAGAGACACAGAUGCAUGCCAUGCUCAGAAAAAGGCUUGGAGGUGACUGUUGUCCACAGUGCUGUAAGGAGAAGCUGUGCCAGAGCAACACAUACUGUUCUACAUGUAGAACAGGAAGCUGUGAUCAGGGAUACCAUGUGGAUGUUAGAUUCUUCCGUCUGCUCUCUGUCUCUAUUGCCAGAGAAAUAUUUGAACGACUUCUGUAUAGAACAAUUUUAGAGGUUCGAAAAGAGAAAGAGUUUUUCUUGCAAGAGCAUGCUGUCACAAAGGAAGAAACAAAGAGAAUCACCAGUAGUAUAAAAAAUGAAGCUAAGGAGAUAAUUCAGAAAGGACAGUUUGAAGCAAACAAAAUUGCAUCCAUUGCUGAAGCUGACAAGGAGAAAGUAGUGCAAAAUUCAUAUGUUAUAGCUCUAAACGAACUAUAUUCUAGGCUCAAUGUUACGCGAGAGGAUCACAAACUUUCACUGAUGAUGAUAAGGGCAUUGGAAGAAUCAUCAGAUAAUCUCUACUCUGGAUUUGGUUUUGAGAAAAAUACUCUCUUUGCACCAUGAAAUUAAACAUAUCCUUUAUUUAUCAUCCUUUAAAAAAAAUAAUCCUCAUUUGCCAUUUUAUUCUCAAAAUCAACAUUGUAAAUAUAUUUACUUCAUGGCUUUGUCAUAAUGAUUUAUUUUAAUGAGACACACUUAGCCGUCAAUAAAUUAUGGCCUUCUUUCUUCUGUGUUAAAGUUGAUUUAUAGGGUAAGAAAAGAAUAUAGAAAUUUUAAUACAUUUCACACAUAAACAUUCACAGUAAAAAUGUAUUAUAUUUAUGAACAGUCUAUCAUUCAAUUUUGGCAAUAGCAUUUAUUAAUGGAAUAUGUGUCCACUAAAAAAAUUACUGACAGAAUAGUGAACAGUGUAAACCAUGAUAUGAUCUUGACCUGCACUGGUCGCAAAGGCAGAAUCACUUGCUGCCAGCAGGGUAAAGGUUAAUUAACCCGAGUAUAUAAACUAUUUGGACAAGGUAUGUACCCCAUUAGUCAGAGGGUAAAUAAAUGAAUGUUCGCUGGACUGCUUACAAGAAAAACAACUGUUUGAAUUGUAUUCUUUUUAUGAAUUUAUUAUUAAUAUUAAUAUAAAAAUUAGUGUUUUGUAAAAAAGAGAUAUUUUUGUAAAUCAUGUGUCAAAUUAAUAGUCUUAAGAUUCUGUCCAUAUUAUUAUAUAAUAUUCUAAAUUUUCAUCAUAGUAUAUAUAUAUUAUACCAAAUUUAUGUAGCGCCAUUUUUUUUAUUAACACAUUCAAAGGUGCUUUACAUAGUGAUGGAGACUACUGAUUUUUUUUUUCUAUUCUGAACAGUUUAAACUUGGUGUUGUUUCAAGAACUUAUGAUUCCAACAUUUAAUUCAAGAGUUUAAGUGUCAUGAUAACUAAUAAAAUCUGUAAAAAGAUCCUUUGGAAGCAAAGAAUGCAACCAAGAAGAAUAAUAGCAGACUUGGUUUGAUCGAGUCAGUUCAUAAGAGGUAAUGUAAUGUGCAACACCUCUCACGCCCCCUAGCACCGGCUUAAGUGGAACUCUAUUACACAUAUGUUGAAUGGACUCCAUGAUCCCAAAGGACCAGAAAAUAUAACAACACUGAAUCCAAGUAUGGGGAGACAUUACAGUAUAUUGUUGUUAGCAAAAGCUUUAGGGUUAGCAAUGUUAGGACAUUUAUAGUAAGACAUCCGGAGAAGAAAUGUCAUGCGACAAAUCCAUAUAAUGUGAUAUGGCUUUAAUAUAUUAUUAAUUAUGUUUUUAUACACAUUUUUGUUUACCGUAUUAAUGGAUGUAGAAUCCUGUCUGUUCAGUAGAUAUAAUGUUUCAGUAGGUAGAGGAUUUUUGUGAUAACACAAAUAGAUAUGUCAGUUUUUCUUUUGUACUAUUUAUUAUUCAAAAUCCAGAUUUUUUCCCCUGAAUGAAGGAAUAUGCUGGCUGUGAUGAUUUUUACAACACUUUUGAAUCUUUGCGUCUCAAAUUUAUUUUUGGAAGUAGUUGUUUAGUGAGCAAAUUAGUACAGCUGUAGAUUUACUGAAGUAAUGUUAAACAUUUUACAUUGUACGAUAUCAAAGAUUAUUCACAAAAAUAGAUUGUGAUUAUAUUAAAAAAAUUUUAUGAAUUACAGAUUUAAGCAUUAGAGGUUUCUUACUGGUUUAAGUAUAUCUCUCUUGUUUUGUAAUAAAAUAUGAAAUUUGUCUUUGAAUGUUAUUGUAAUUGUUUUAUCUCGCAAAAAUAUUGUUCUUGUUAUAUUUGUAUACCUGUAUACUCUUUCUAUACAUACUGAUCAGAACAGCCAAUUAGCCAGUCCUCUUCUUGCUUUUGCGUACUGUUUUGCAUAAUCUUCCCAAAACUAUCUAUCAUUUGUCAUGCAGUAUUGACUAUAUGGAGAAAGAACAUUAAUGGUAGAUAGCACCAAUAAAAUAUUUUUAAAACUUUGAAUAAUUAAUAUGUAGGUUUAUUUAAUCAGUGUCAUUACACAGUUGAUAACAGGCGUCUAGGCUGUCUUGGUCAGUAUAUUUGUUAUUGUUAUAAUAUCAUGCUCUUUUUAGUACCUUUUAUUUAUAUUUUUACCUUAUUCUUUAUAAAUAAAAUACUCUAAGAUCA